AUGACGGAUUCGAUUGAUCCUAAACUCUCUGACGAGAAAGAAGGAAUUACAGUGUUCAACAAUGUUAAGGCUAUUGAGAUUGGAGUUUCAGGGGAUAGAGAGUUGUUUUCCUCCGAUAAGAUUUUCUUCUCCGACGGUCCUUCUGAAACGGCGGUCUAUAACAGUUUACAAGUAGAUGUGCAUGGUAAUUCAAGUGACCUAGUCAUAAGUCAAGUCUCCGCUUUUGAUAAUAAAUAUAUCGGUCCAGUCAAUUCUUGGGUUGGUCAGAUCGAGGGUUGGUUCGAGUCAACAGUCGGAAUAGCUAAAGAUCUACGGGAUGCUCUAUCCGAAAUGUCGUCUUUGGGGACCACCGGGAGUAUUGAGAGUUAUAACUGUUUUCCGGCAAUCGACACCAAUGAUUCUGAUGACCUAAUCCUAAAUGAAGUCAGCGGGCAGUCUUCCUUGGUCAAUGUGAUGUCCGAUCAGAGUCAACGAUCGGGUCAAGUCAAUAAUCAGUUUGGUCAAAGUCAAAUGGUGGGUCAAGUCAUUCCUUGGAUUGGUCAAAGUGAAUCGGUGGGUCAAAUCAGUAAUUGGACUGAUCUAGUCAAUGGAUCGGUCCAUCCAACAGUUGGAGAUGCAAAUAACGUCUCGUCCUCUUCGAAUAUUUAUAGACCUUUACGCCAGUUUACACCUACGGGGGCUUGGGCUAUCAGUACUUAUGAUUGGUACAAGUCUAAGAUGAAGCUGGUUAUUGACCAUAAAUGGGUUCCAACUUUUGCUGAGCAUUCGAUUCAUUGGGAGCUCCAUCACCAAGUUCGUCCCUCUCUCUGUAACCAAGACUAUGUCUCACCAAACAAACCUUGCAUUAUCUCCAAUGCUAUUCAACACUGGCCUGUCUUAACUAAUUGGACACAUAAUGAUGAUUAUCUUUCCCAAAAACUAUCUCGAUCAAUUGUAUCAGUUCAUCUCACUCCUGAUGGCCAAGCUGAUGCAUUGGUUCCAUCUCCCACUGCUACCAGUACCACCACCAGGUCCACCACCACUUCACUGUCAUCUCUCUGCUUUGCAUCUGCCCACACCCAACUCAUGCCAUUCCCGGAAGCCCUUCGACUUAUCUCUUCAGGUUCCUCGGAUCCAUUUGUGGCUUAUGCUCAGGAGCAGAAUGAUUGUUUUCGCUCUGAAUAUUCAUCUUUAUCCUCAGAUGUGGAAACUCACAUUCCUUGGGCCACCGAAGCCCUUGGAUGCCAUCCUGAAGCCGUUAACCUAUGGAUAGGGAAUCAUCUAUCAACCACCUCCUUUCACAAAGAUCAUUACGAAAACCUUUACGCUGUUAUCACUGGAGAGAAGCAUUUCUUACUCCUCCCUCCUACUGAUGUUCACCGUUUAUACAUUCAAAACUAUCCUGCUGCACGCUACUCUUUAUCUCAGGAAACUGGAGAACUGACAUUGCAGCUUGAAGAACCCAGACGACAUGUUCCUUGGUGCAGCGUCAACCCUUAUCCUCCUGCUGCAAUUAAGGACCAAGAAGUUUCAAAAUUCCCUUUAUAUUUCAAUGGUCCCAGGCCGUUCGAGUGUACAAAAUUGUUUGGCGGUUUCUAUGAAAUAGGCCAAGUAUGUGGUUUCAUCAUGUUAAACAGAGUCCAGACAACAGAGGACGCACCAUUGCGAUAAACUACUGUAUGGAUUCUACGAGCCCUGUUUCUCACACUUAAGUUUUUCCUUCUUCUGAAGCCUUCUUUCUUUGUUUUAUUUUUGUUGUGAGGUUAAAAUUUGAUAGAUGGGUAUUUGGCACGGUACGAUAUGCAGUUUGAUAUUAAAUAUGCAUAUUUCAAUAUGUGGCAGACGAUUCGGUCCCCAUUAUUUUCUAAUACGUUAGCAGUUCGUGAAAAGAACUUUGAUGAUUCGGCCAUUAUAAAUGAGUGAAACGUGAAUGCCUGAAGUACUGCAUGUGUAACUCGAUCAAACAUGGUAAACAAGGCAUGAUUUACAUGAGGAUGAAUUGCGCUGGUGGUAUACGAAGUAUUAUGUAUUGUUUGCAGAAAAUUCCUGUAGAAUUGUAACAAGGGUAUAGAGAUUUCUACUGUAAUGCCCAAGAAGCUGGAAAUCAGGGCUGGCUAUUUUUUUCAUGACGGAAGACAAGCAGACUCUGACGAAGGAGACUCGCAUGAUCGCUGGCCCAGACAAUUUUGUGAAACUCUUUUCCUUUGUAGUAGUUAGCUACUGCUACUCUAGGUCAACUUUGGAAAGAUUCUGUAAAAACCAUGAGGGCCUUAUAAUUGUUGGGGUUGAGACUUGAGAGUUGUAAAUUAGCUGUGUAUUCACAUAAUUUGAGAGUUCUAAAUCUUCCCGUCGGAAAUAUCUCCAUCAAAUUGGAACGGUUCAAACAGAUGGAGUAUGACGGGUGAACCAUGUAAAACUGUUAUGUUGUAUUUGUCUGAUAACAGACUCGAAUUGGAUUCUCGCUUUGGGUGCGAGAGGUCCCGAGUUCGAUUCUCGGAAUGACCUUUGA